UAGCAGCGCCGUUAUUUUUUUUUUAAAAAAGGUACUCGGCCCAUUAUCAAGUAGGAAGUUUUCCUUUCGGCCGCAGUAGAUCGGCGGCGGCGGCGGCGAGCUAGGGUUCCGGUGAGGCUACCCGAUGGCCUCCGAGGCGGCGCGGCGGCGGCAGGAGCUGGCGGCGGAGGGGCAGCGGCACCUGGAGGAGACCAUCGCCGCCGCGUUCCAGAUCCUCGUCUCCAUGAAUGACGAGCUCUGCAACGCUGGCCUUUGGUCCUCCAUCUCAGUCUCUGCCGCGGCCGCGGCCGCGGCCGCCGCCGGGCCCCAGCACCAGCACUCCGCUACCCCGCCGCCGCCACACUCCGCGGACUCAGACGCCGCCGACGCAGGAGGCGCGCCCGGUCCCGGCGGGUCGCUCGACGAGGCGAGGCACCGGUACAAGUCCGCCGUGACGGCGCUCCGGACGUCCAUCGCCGCCGUGUCAUCCUGCGCGCAGGACAUAGGAUCAACAGAAUCUGAAGCUGACCAUGCUGAGAUCGAGAGAUUGGAAGAGCGUGCAUCUGCUUUGAGAAAGGAAAUUGAAAGCAAAAACAAGCAUAUAAAGCUCCUCAUGGAUCAGCUCCGGGAGCUAGUAGCAGACAUAUCGAUGUGGCAGAGCCCUUGCUCGGUGUGAAAUGUCAAAGGAGAGACCACCAGGGGUGGAUGCAUGCUUAAGGAUUGUGCAUGCUGAUUUGCAGAUGUAGUUAUGAUUAAGUUACUGAUGCAGAUGCAGAUAACAUGUAUGUUGGACGCGGAUGCUGUUUUUUAUGUAACAGUAUAUAUGCAUAUCAUGAACUUCUGUGAA